CCCAGUCUGUCGAACGCGCACCACCGACGUGCUUGUUCGUGCGUUUGUUCACGUUCAGAAAAAAAAAAAAAAUAAUAAAAAUACCAACAAUCUCAUUUUCUUCUUUUUCACAUUUAUAUUUAUGUAUAUAUAACGAACUUAUAUAUAAGUAAAUGUAAAAUUACAAAUACACGCGUGCAUGUUCGAUAGUUUUCUUUAAUAAUAAUAUCGCAAUAAUUAACGCGCGCGCGAAAUCUCACGCCGUUAUACCGCCGUAGAAAAAAAUUAUAAUACACUCGGUUCCAACAAGUUCGCAUCGUUCGCCAAAGGUUACGAAAGGAAGGAAACCAUUGUGAGUAACUUUUACGAUAUUAUUGAACAUUGUUAAUUUAUUUGAUUGUUUUUUUUUUUUUUUAUAUAUUUUUUAUAUCCGCCGGUCAGUGACCGCCGCCGAGUAACGGGCAGUACGGUUAACCCUUCCCGGUAGCAUGCCGUCCGUGUCCGGGCAACGGAUAAGCGGUUUUUUUUUCUCUCUCUAAUAUUUCUUGGUUAGGUUCGUUUUCCGAGUAUGCGGUCCGGCGGCGGCGGCGGCGACGGCCGUCGCUGUCCGACACUGGCCGUCGCGUGUGCACGCGUCGUAAAUGUCAUUUUUGUAAAUCGAUACGGUCGGCGCGCCGCCGCCGCCGGGACCCCGUCGGACCCGCGCCCCGUCGCGUCCGCAGCUGCCGCCGUCGUGCGCGGGGUGGUGUAACGAAAAUAAUAACGUCGUCGUCGUCGUCGCCGCCGGUAAAAUAAUUCUGCCUGGCGGACGGAAUAAUUUUACCGUACACGGUUGUGUGGUAUUUUUAACGACGCCCUUGUCGGACGGUAACGUUGUUAGAACAGUUUGUUUUCCAAAAAAAAAAAAAACCAUCGCCCUCCCCCCCCCACCAUCACGGUUAGUACGCGUUUUCACGCAGAGGAUAACUGCUCUCUUUUUUUUUUUUCUGUGCGGUCUCUCGGUCACCGCGAUCUUUGUUUCCUGCGGACGUUUCUCCACCGCCGCCCCUCCUGCCCUCCCGUCAGUUUAGGAGUCGUUGACACCUCUACCGCCCCGCGCCUCCACACGAACCACUCUCCCGUGCCGGUGACCUCUGCGCGCGUGAUACCGUUCCUACCUUUGUUGUAAAACAGUCCCGUGUCUGCGGUCGUAAAUUGAUAGGAACGAGUUUUUUUUUUUUUCAUCUCAUCAUCUAACUAACCGCCGUAACGGUUUUUUACAGUAGUCCCCGAAAUGGCAACUUUUUUUUUUUUAUCGUUAUUAUUACGGCGGACGAUUUAUCCGAUAACAAUCGGCGGCAGGCACUUGUUUUUUCAUUGCGGUUUAAACCCGUUUUGGACCUAACCUAACAUUCGGUCCACCGAAGCAUCCCGCGCCGAAGAAACGUCGUCUCAUUCUCCCGUAAAUAAUUCCGUUAUCUAUGCGUCCGCGCACGCACGUCUGCCGGCCGUGGACUUUUAUUUAUUUAUUUAUUUUUUUAUUUUUUUAUUCACUGAAAUUAUCGAUUUUUUUCAAAACGGUUAGGUGGUUUAUUUCUUCUCGUUGUUGCGCAGUACAAUAAUGAGCGCGUGCCCACGUGCUCGAAUAAACGGUCAAAUCGAGAAUGUUACUCCGCGCACUCGUGUGCCGGUUCAAACGUUAUCGGGGAACGAUUAAUAUCGUCCGAUGAUACGUCGGCCGCGACCUUUGCCCUCCGAAGCGUCGUGGUCCGAUCCGAUUCCCUAUUCCCCACCGCCCCCUCCCCCCAUAUAAUCUACGCGACGGAAGGAUUGUCGUAACGGGUAUUGCUAUUAACAAAGUUACGUCGAACAAUGUGCCGGGAUUGGGUGCCAUUUAGUCCGUCGAUACGAAAUAAUAUUCGCCGUUAAGUAAUGCGAAAACGUUUCAAUGUGGUAAUUAUUAUUGCGCGUAAACUCGGUAGGAAACUGCCGUUACGAUGAAUUCCAACAAGAAUUAAUUAAUUAAAUAAAAAACUAACGAAUACAUACCGUUUUUACGUAUGUUAUAAUGUACGGAUAUUUUUGACAUUGUAUCACUGAUGAAUAACGACAUUUUUUGCCGAUUGAUUUGCCUAUAACAAUAAUAAUUAUUAUUAUUAUUAUUAUUAUUAUUACGCUUAUGAGUGAUAAUAUUAAACUCUCCUCCCCCCUCAUACGGCCCUACCUAUUAGUAUAAUUUGUCACGAUCCAUAAACAAAACACCUAAACUAAUAUUGAAAUAUGCCGUAGGUAGUAGUUAUGUGUACGAUAGAAAGAUACGCAGAGAAUAUUAUUGUAUCGAUUUUUUUUGUGUUGUGCCAGUUACCUGCCGGUAACUAAUAUGUUAUAAAUUACAGAAAAAAGUAUGGGUUAUAGAUACCCAAAAAAAAAAAAAAAAUUAACAAAAAGACAAAAGAGCUUCAGGGGUCCUCAUUGUGCUUUAUUAUAUUUUUUAAUAAAUUAUUAACAUUAAAAAGUCUUAACAAUCUUAUCAAAAAUUCAAUCAUUCAGUCAGUAUUCUAUUCAAAGUCUUGUACAUCACUUGUUUUUUUUUUUUUUUUUUGCUUAAAACAUUGUUUAUAAGAUUAAUAAUUUACCUGGUUUUUAGAGAUGUCUGAUUUUGACCUUUUUUUAUUUUUUGACUGACAAAAGAACAAUUUCCCAAAGAGCGAAUCGAACCAAAUCCACCAAAAAAAUUUUAAAAAAAUUAGUUACAUUAAAACUCAAAUUAGAUAUAUAUAUUUUGGAAGUAUAAUAUUCAAAAUCCAAUUGCUAUGUGCCUUAUAAGAACUUUCCUUAUUUCCGAUUUGAUUGAGUAGUCCAAAUUAAAAAUCUGACUACUUAAGGGUUAACAUACUCGCUGUGGACACACUCGCUUUAUAUUGUUCAUCUUGAACUCAAUAAAAGAGUAGUGUGUUCAUUUUUAAUUUGAUAAAUUGAUGUAGCCAAAAUAGUAUUCCAAUGAAGUGAUUGAGAAUUUAAACAUUAACUUGUACCUAUAUAUUGUUUCAGUAUUUAGUAAUUUAGUUAACUGAGCGAUUUUAAAAUUACUGUUUAGGAUUUAUCAUGUAGGUAUGCUUGUGUUGCUUUAAAAUUGAUUACUGUUUUUAUAAGUGCUUUUCCAGAUACUUACUUAUAAUUAUUGUUCUAAAUAAAAUUGGUAUUAAUAUAAAAUAAGGGAUACAUAACAUUAUUUGGUCUCUUAGUCCAAUCAGAAGUAUUUAAAUAAAGUUUGAUCUGUAACAAUUGAGUUAAUUUAACUGUUAUACUACUAUCAAACUUUAUUUAAAUUCUGUGUUUCAUUUACUUAAAUAAGUUAUUAAAAUUAAUUUUGAUAACACUGGGUACUUUUAAUAAUCAACCCAGUAUCAGCUGUUAAAAGUUUAUACAAAUAAUGUGUGCUAAAAUAUGUAUAUUAGGUAGAUUAGUUGUAUACAUAUUCACUACUCAUUAUAUAUGCUAAUAUAGCAUGUCUCAUAACUCAUAACUCAUGGAAUUAUUAAUAUUUGAAUGAGGUCUUUUGUCUUAAGACCAUGUAUUAUUUAAAUAGUUACCUAGUAGGUUGCCGAUAAUUACCUGUGAUCGAUUGGAGAAAUUAUCAAUUGAACCUUUGGUUGUUUUUUUUAUUUAUAAAUUUAUAGUUAAUAACACCACUGUUCUUUAUAUAAAGGUAUGCAAACAAUGUCCUUCUUAGUAUUGAUUAAAAGGUCAACACAAAGUAUUCUUCGAAAUAGUUAUUUAAAUAAGAAAGUAGGUGCCAAGAUUUUGAAUAAAACAAAGCGAAGAACAAUUUUAUUAAGAAUUUUAGUAAUAGGAGUUGUUAUUGGUAUUUUUAAAAGCUUCUUUUUAGAAGAAAUUAGAAAUUAGACUUACAUUUGAUAUGUAGAAACCUAUAUAUUACCUAGUCAUUUUUUAUUGAAUUUUCCUGUUCAGAAAAAAUGAUUUAAUAUGUUGAUGUUUUUUAAUUGUUAAAUGAUAAUUUAAAAAAAAGUAUUAUGAAUUAUAAAAAUAUUAUUAUUAUUAUUAUUAUUAUUUUUUUAAAUAUACCCACUUAUAAGUGUAUUCAUACAUUUUUGGUACAUUGCUACACGAUAAUAUUGUUGUUAUGUACCUAAUUGAAUAUUCAGUUUAAAAUAUAUGUAAACAGUAAAUCAAAAUAAGGUACAUAUUGACAGUUCAUAAAUAAAUACAAAUUAUAAAUUAUAAUAUUAUAUAAUCUACAAUGGUUUUAUAUUUAUAAAACUAAAAUAAAUCUACUUAAGUAAUUAAAUGGGUCAUAAGGUUUUUAAAUACCUAUUUAUAAAUGAUAAUUGAUAUUAUUAGUAAUAAUAUUGAUUUUCUUUGGCCACAGAAUUUUUUUUUUCUACAAAGCUAUAUGCAUGCCAAAUAUCAACUGAUUUUGAGAAAAAAUUUAAUUUAAAAGAGCUGCUGUUUAUUUCAUGAGUACUGCUAGUACCUUUUAUAAUUGUGUUUAAAUAAUACAUAUCAUCACAUGUUUUAAAUUACAGUAAUCUUUUAUGUUAAUUUUAUAUUUACAAGUUUUUCCUUCAAAAUACAGAGAUUUGAAUAGGGUAAAUCGCUGGUUUAUACACCAGAUUCCAGAAUAUCAUGGUUUUCCCAAUGUGAUUAUCAAGAUAUAUCCUGUUGGAUCAUCAAAUUACUAGAUUUGUACACUGAUUUCUGUCAAUAAUUUAACUUCUGGAGAUUUUUGUAUACUUACAAUGUAAAUAGCACAAAAGAAAAAAAUGUACAUCUUCCAUUAGUAAAUAUUUGCUUAUAUUAACUUGCUGGUAAAGAAAGAGUAGGUUUUUUCCAAAUUGUGUUUGAUUUUAAAUUCACUUCCUGUGGUAUGGUUUACUUGAAAUUAUGUAUGCGCAAUUAUUUUUGAUGACAAAUAACAAAAAUCUGAUUUUCUAUUUUCACUUCUUUCAUCCCAUUCAUCUCUUUAUUUUACAUUCCUUGUAUUCAGUGUUAAAUACAACGAUGACCUCAAGUUUCUGAAACUAUUCGAUAAACUAACAAUAGAAAUUCAAAAGAAUACAACAACGAACCAAAAACGUUUUUCAUAUUGAUAUUGAUUUUGUAAUAUACAAUGUGUUCAGGGUGGUUUUUUUAUUAUGAACCAGCAAUUUUAUAGAAAUAUUUUAAGUGAAUUUGAUUUCUAUUUUUUUUAAUCAUUGUGUUAACAUUUAAACUUUUUUCAAAACGUUUUAUAUAUUUUUACCUCUACUUCAUAUGCCUUAAAUAAGUAUAUAAUUAAUAAGAACCCUCUUUUUUGAAUACAGAUUCAAAUAGAGAACAUUUUUUUUUAGAAAUUUUAAUGUGCAUAUUGCAUAACACUAGUUAUAACCAUUUAAAGUUUAGACCGGAGGAGUAGGAAAGGGUAAUAAAUUGCAUAUUUAUUUUUAAUGAUAAAUUGAUAACUAUUCCCUACUGCUCCGGUCUAAAUUUCAAAUGGUUAUACUCACAAAUAAAUCUGAUAUUUUAGUGUUAUGCAUAUCAACAUUCUAGAAAAAUAUAUUCCAUUCAAAUCUGUGUUCAAAAAGGGUUUAUUCCUGUUUGAAAAACAAAAGUAUAGACUAAAUUCAGGUAUAUGGAGUAGGAGUAAACAAUUUAAAAUGGUUUUAAAAUAAAGAUUCCACAAUGAUUUAAAAAAAAAUAUUUAAAUCAGAUUCAUUUAAAAUACUCAAAGAUAAUUGCUAGUUCAUGAUAAAAAAAAAAAAAAAAAACCACUUUGAAUAAUUUACUAGUACACUAUAAAGUCAACGGUAUCGGGUAGUUUAAACGUUUCCUCAGUAGUGUUGGUCAAAUGAUUUUAUCACGGGAGGGUGAUAAGGAUAAUUUUAUAGAUAAUUAAUUUUACAACUCAAGAUGUAAUGUAAUGUAGAUGUCAUUAUACCCACAAAUUGGGAAAUUCCUUGUCUGACGGUCCCUGUUCCCUAGGAUCGUACUUAAGAUCACACGGUUCCUUAAAACAAAAAUCGAUCAACUGAUCCAGUGUCACCUACUAUGUAAUUGGCGGCUGAUGUUCUUGUUGCCUAUAUCAGGCCUACAAAAUAUUCGCUUCGAACCGGGCAAUUUUUCGAACGUUUUCGAUCAAAAUAUCAUCGUUAGUAUCGAAAUACUAUAUUUCUCGUCUAAACGUGUAAAAUUUAUUGUAUGUGUUUUAUAAACGAGACCAUUGAUUUCGAACGCUCGCUGUAAUAAUAAUAAUAAUAAUAAUAGGAGGCCAGUUUUUAAUUAUUAUUAUUACCCGUAUAAUAAUAAUGAUUUUUUUUCUUUUAUUGCGGCUAUAUUACUUUAAUGUCAAUAUUAUAAUAAUUUUAUUAUACACCGAUGUAAUACGAGUACAUACGUGCCGAGGACGAACAAAGUAAUAUUAUCGCGUAUUAUGCGAUUAAAAAUUUAACACGGAUUAAUAACAACAUUAUAAUAAUAUUGCGCGGUCGGAAAAUUAUUCGAAAAUUAAAAAAAAUUGCUCUGUGAACAAUAGUAAACCGAUCUAUUACACGCGAACGAGAUUUUUUAUUUUCUUUUUAAUCGCUUGUUAUCAAUUAACAAAGCGUAGGUAAUUAUUACAAAUAAUAAUCGUAUUCCGUAUUAUCGAUUAUUGUUUUUAAAGGACGUUUAGGACGACGCAUAACGCGAUCCUUAAUUUCCGAAGAAUAACGAUAAUUACUAUUGUCUGUAUAAUUUAUCAGAUUCACACGAAACUACGCCGUUUCAGUGUUUCCCAAAUGUCGCGCCGAUACUGCCGACGGGGCGUGCCGCUGUGCGAGGGUUAAUUCGACUCGUAAUUCUGAUCAUUCACAUUGUCAGCUAUUUUGAAAAAGGGCCUUUAUGUUUGGAAGCGAGUUCUAAGCCAUUUUUUCUACCUCACGGGAACACGGGAAUUGAAUUUCUACCCGGGCUCUUGGUUUAGAUACAAUUAAGCGGCGUUUUUCAUAUUCUCGUGUAUUUUGUUGUGCGGUUUUCAUUGAAUUUCGACAUUUUGUCUCUUGAUUUAUUUAAUCCCAUCAGCCUUUUUUUUUUUUUAUACUAACGCUUUUAUUAACGCGACGUUUAGUAAAUAAUUAGACCGUCUCGAUUGGUUAUUGCCGUCUUUGUAGUUAUUUUAGAGCGUCACAUAAUAUACCCUUUUAUUUUGUCGACAAGUCCUUGCGUUUGCGGAGAGUAACGCCGGUUGAUAAUAUUUGUUUUAUUUCCAAGUUAUCGCAUACUACUUGGUUCACUAUAAAUCGGUUUUUAAACUGAUUUAUCGUACCUCUGUCAGAUAAAAGCUAUCGAAAACAGUCGAAUUGUGAUGUUGUUUGAAUAAUAAAAUUGACAGCAAAUGGCUGACUCGACGGUUUUUUUUAAAAAUAAAUUUUGCGUUAUUGCACGGCUGCUGCUAAAAUUUAUUUUCAUUACUGCUCGAUGUUAGAGGUCCCAAAUAAUCAGAAUUUUAUUUGUCCAAAGGUCGGUUUAACAGCGGUAUUGACUGUAGUUGACCUAUGGGGUUUCAAUUUUAUUUUUUGUUUAUUUAGCAAUUGUGCCACGAUUAUUAAAUAAAUUAUUAUUGAGUUGUGUCUUUAACAAGUGUGAGCCAACAGUAUUUCAUUCCGUAUUUUGUUAAUGGUGCAUGAUCUCAAAUGGGCGAUUCGUUAUAUAACUUCAUAUUUUUUUGUUUAUGAGCGAUUGUGAAAUUAUUAAUAGAUAACUGAUGUUGCUUGGGGUUCUUGCUUGGAUUUAUGAUAGUAAAUCGUCUUGAUUUUCAUUGAAUAUUAAUUGGAAUUUGACCAACUUGAAUAUUAUCGAUUGUUUUGUUGAUUUUUCAUAUCUGUAAAGUCAAUAAUCAAAUUAUCAUUAUAAUUUUAACAUUUUAUUUUAUUAUGUUAGACACAUCAUUAGAUUUUAUUAGUUUUCAAGUCAAUUUUAAUAUGAGGAUAAUAUAUGAUAUUGACGACCGGACGACAACACACGCACACGUGCGUUGCUAUUCUCCUCGUGUGCGUUUUUCUCUACGUCAAGAAAAUCGGUAUAAUUCCUUAAUAACAUAAAAUCUUAAUUCUGUGUAUUAUUUUCUUUAUUCAUAUUAUUAUUAACGAUCGUAAAUAUACUAGUGUAACGUGUUCUAUUUCAACAUCCAUAUUAUAGAAGCACCGUGCUUUACCUACAGUAUCAAAUAUAAACUAAAAAUGUGAAAUGCUUAUUAAAUUCUGAGAAUCGAUAGAAUUUUUUGUAUAUUUUAUCACGUCACAAGAAAAUGCUCAUAGUGAUAAUUUUUAACCGAAUAAUUGCAUAAAUUACCCCGUUUUUUCGCGGUUUAGCGCUGAAAUUAUUGAGAAAAUACGAGGAAAAACUAUAUCGAAUCACUAUUAUUAACAUGGGAGUGUCUGGCCUUGAAAUUUGAAAGUUUGGAAACACUGGUUCCGUUUUAAUCGAUUUUCCAACGUUUUAUUGCGAAAAAAAAAUAUUAAUAAUUAAGUAAUGAUAUUGCCCAUAAAAAAAAAAAAUUAUUGUUCGAUUAGCGAUAAAAAAUAUAUUGUAUAAGAGAAUUGAUUAUGAAAAAUAAAAAAAAAAAAAUUGGUUAUUGGCUUAGAAGUUUAGUGUAGUAGUAGUAGUAGUAGUAGUAGUAGUAGUAGUAGUAGUAGUAGUAGUAGUAGCAGUAGUAAUAAUAGUAGUAAUAGUAGUAAUUUAUUCCUGCAUUAUUUAAUGUAUUAUUUUCGUUUUGAAUUUGCACAUGUUAUCUAAAAAUAUUCAAAUUUUCAUAUUACGCGAUUGGGUUUUUUUUUUUUUUUUUUUUAACAUAAGUUUAAAAGAUAGUCGGUUUUAAAUAAUUCAAAUAUUACUAUAGUUGAAAUAUAAAUUGUUAUAAAAUUAAUUGCACAAUUACUUAACGUCCGGACGAUAUCGAGUCCAAAUAAGUACCUAAGCAUAAUAUAUACAAUGAUAAUUUAUAAUAAUUAUAUUAUUAAUUCGUGUAUAUGAUAAGUAAUUACCUAACCGUCGAAAAUGAUCAGUAGGGUAUUAGUCACCAAAAUCUGCAAUACUAUUAUAAUUUAUUAUUUUAAACAUACUUUUUUUUAAUUUGUAUGAUUAGGAUUAUUUAAUAUUUAGUGAGCAAUGAACUGAUUUAUCAUUGUCAACGAUUUUGACCAGAGUAUUAUUAUUAGUUUUAUUUUUUCAUUGUUAUCAUCGUGGUGACCCAGAAAUUCAACUAACAUUUUACAAUAAGUUGCUAGUUUUUUCUGCUUAUUAAGAAAAUUAGAGAGACUAAACUUUGGGAUAUUAUUGUUCCACUAUUUUUUUUAUUUUUUUUUUCAUAAGGGAUAAUAUGGGAACAAAUUGUCCCCGUGGAACAAAAUGACACUUUAUCCCUGGUCAUCAACUACUCAAUUUUGUCAACAAACUUUUAUGACACGAUUGAUGGUCUUCCACUUUGUUCCUCGUCAUGAAUAUUCGUACGGCCUGCUGUACGUACUGCUGUGCAGUUGUUGGGAUUUAUUUACAUUUUUCUGUUGUAAUUUCUUUAUAAUUAACUUUCGACUUGUUUUUUUUUUCUGAAUCGUACCUAUCAGACAACUGACUAUUGGUCACUUCUGUAUAGUACAUAGUUAUAACCCCGGUUCGUUUUGAGUGUAAUGACGUAAUAUUAUUAUUGUGUUUAUUUUUAGACGCCUACUAUUUAAAAGGUUUGAAGUCUGUUUUUAUAAUCGUCUCGAAUUGUAUACAAUUUGAAAAUUUGUAUUUAUGUUUUAAUGACUACAUUGAUAAUAAUAAGACUUUCGCCAGUCUACUGUUCAAUACCCAUUUAAAGGGAGGAAGUACGUACGGUCACUUUUGGACGAAUACGAUGUUGUUGUUUUAGAUGGAAAACCCAGACAAAAGUAUGAGAAUCGAGGUUUGAGCAAUUAUAAAAUAAUUGUUUUACGCGUUUAUGAGGCUAUGGCGGAGGCGAGUUUUAAUAUCUAUUUGGUUAGUUGUGAUAUUGACGAACAUCUGAUUUCUUGUCGAGUCUUGUUUUGUUAUUAGAUAGCUAUUUAUACAACGGACACUCCACGUGCAUAGAUAGUUGUAGUUAAUUUGUUUUCCCUUCAAAAUUGCCGAUUGCAUCUAAAUCAUUAAAAAAUUAAAUGAGUAUUCGAAUUAUUCAAUUAGCGCAUCGAAUGAUAUUGAAUUAAUCGCAAUACAAUUAAUUUUCGUACCUAUAUACUGUAUAAAUUGGAAUAAAUAAAAAUAUGGUCCACGUGCAGAAAAAUCAUUAUUAUAAUAUUAUAAGAAAAUCAUGCAAAUGGCACUUAAAAUGUUAUAUUGUGUACUUAUGAUUUAUAAUAUUUGCGAGUAUUUAAUACUUAUUCGGUCCAGUGGCGUAUGUAUACGCCUAUGUAUCCAUCAUUAGGUUGAUUCAUCUCCCCGUGACUUUUUAACAUUUUUCGACAUUCAAUUAUUUGUCCCUUUAUCUAUUGUUAAAUUAAAUUUCUUUACUUUUUGGUGAAAAAAUCAGAACCUAAAUGACUAAGUGACUAAAUUUCAAAUUUGAUAUUUCUUGCCUGCCGUGGCUAGAUCUUGAAUUGCCACUGAUACGGUCAUACCUACCAUAUUUUAAACGCAGCGAGAAAUAUUUCGGUUUUACUAUAAUGUGUGCUUUUUUAUUUUCCCGUAGGUAUUAACGAAUUGUCUAUCAAAAAUCUUGUUUUGAUUUUCAUGCGCAGCAUGACUAUUUUUAAAUCGAAUUUAAUCCGGUUGUUUGUAGCAGUCAUAAUUUAAAUACCGCGGUUACACCUCUACCUCGUACAGUGUGUACAAUAUAAUAGAUAUUAUGCGUACAAAAUGUCCAAACGCCGUUAAAUCACAUACUGAAUUCUCCAAUAUAAUUAUAACGUUGAACACUACGAUACUGCAUUAUAACAUUUGUGUAACAAAUGUUAUUAUGCAAUGAUGAUAGCACGUUGUGUUGUAAACGAAUUAUUAAUGGUAUCGACGAGAACGCGAGUAUAGUUUUGUACCGUAGUAGUAAUUGUCUCCGAAGUCUGUUCAAGUAGUUGUUUGUUUAUGUGUCGUGUAGUAUUGGUACUUGCCUAAUAUUAUUUCAGGUAUUCGUUUUGUGUAUGCGUAUGUUACGCGCGAACGUGAAAAACGAAUUCAGAACGGGUAGGCGUAAUAUUUACAUUAAAAAAAAAAAAAAAAAACAGUUUUAUUCAUUGAUUAUUUUCGAGUGGCUCUAGCGCGAGGCGUACGACGCGUGUCGUCGGUCUGCCCGCAACUCGGAUCAAUAAUCCGCGAGCAGUGGUGUGGCCUGAUGGCCUGCAGGUAUUUUGUUAUUGCGUUAUUGACAAGUUUCGUGGUAAUAUUUUUAAUGCCACGCGCCGGGGAAGAAAGAGAAGAAGAAAAAAAACGGUCGGUAUGGUACAUCCGUGGGGCAGGCCACUUUUGUACAGGCGGGUGUGUACAGUGAUGGUAAGGGGCGUGGGGUGAACGGCGUGUGGUGGGGUAUUUCGGUUUAUACACACGAAGCGGCGUGCGGGGGGGUCAAACGUUCGUCGCAAACGGAGGAAAAAAAAAAACCUAUUCUGAGCGCAGCGUAGUAAAAAUAACAAAUCGUUAUCGCGGGUUACCCCGUUCAAAAAGUGGAUUGGUAACAAACAAUUCAGCAAAAAACUGUUGACGUUCAUUUUUUAUAAUAUCUCUGUUCCAUUCUUAGCCUAACGAGUGUAAUACAGAAUAUGACACAAUUGCACGCGAAACGAAUUCGGAUACUACAAAUUGCUAUACACAAAUAACGGAUGGUGUCGAAUUCGACGAGACUGAGUCUUUUCCGUGUUAGCUUGUGUAUAUUUCAGUUAUUUUGUCACGGCGAUCGUCAAUUUGGUUGAAAAUUAUAUCGUAUCUGGAUCAUACAGGCAUAUAUUAUAUUUUGUAAUAUGUAGUAACUGCGUAGUAUAACACCGUUUUGUGGGUAAAGCGUGUUUUUUAACGCGAGACGGCGUGCCCAAUGAAAAUUAAUUGUCGUCUGCGUUUACUGCAGCGCGGCGACGGCGUCGGCGUCCAAGGCGUUGAAACCAUUAAAAGCAAUACGAAGCAUAAUAAUAGUAAUAAUAUUAUACAAGUCAACGUUUAUUGUGCGUGGACGAAGCUCGGAGCGCGUCUUUUAUGAAUAUUCACCGUUUUUGUAUUAUUAUAUUGUGAUUUGUGUGUCCAGUGGCGUACUCAGGAUUAUUUAAUCUAGGAUGAGGAGAGGGGGGGAGGGAGCGUGUUAAAUGCCAGCAAAUGUACGUCGUAUGUAGGAGGUCCCUUUAAACGAUAUUAUAGAGCCUUUUUUCUCGAGGUUAUAUCGCCGAGUUAUCCUAAUGGCAUUAUGAUAUAGAGUACGAUUAUUACUGUUUAAUCAGUAGCAAAUACGUGUUCAAUGCCGAACGGUAAAGUUAAUAAUGUCAUUGAUAUUUUGUUGUAUUUCGACACGGCCAAUAGAGAAGUCUGGAGUCUUCAACCUCCGCCUCCCCAAGUACGCCACUAUUUUACAACCUCCGCAUGCGCCCGUCCGAUUUUCAAUAUUCCCUCGUUUUUUUUUUUUUUAAAAAAAAAAACAAAACCAAAACGAUUGUUGUAGGUGCACAAUUGCGUUUGUUUUAACUGUUGGCAAAUUAUUAAUGGGUUUACACAAACAUAUUUCAUACCGUGUUGAAGCAAGUGUAUCAUAGUAGACGAUAGUGAGAAAAAUGUUAUAGGCCAAUGUGCGUGUUAUACUACGUACGUUCAACUUUACAUUAAUAAUAUUCGGUUUAAAGUUCGUUGUGUUGUUGCGACGAACACGUGAUAAUUAUUAUUAUACGCCAUUAAAUGGUUCCGGAUUUUUAUUUUUAUCGUUUUUAUUAUUAUUAUUUUUUUGUUAGAAUUACAGAAUGCGCGUAUACCCAUAAAACGCCCAUCGUCGAACCAUUGUUGGUGUAUAAUUCUGCGUACGCUAGAAUGGUGUGACGUCAUAUUAUUAUGCGAUAACAAUAUUUAUCGAAUACGAUUGGAUCCAAAGAAAUCUAUAUAAAAAAAAUACACGUAUACACAUUAAAAUAUGCAGCAUGUAAAUCGCUGAUUAAUAUCGUGUACGUCAGAUUCCAGAAUAUCACGAUUUUCCCACUGAUUACGAAACAUUAAUUUUUCACUGAUUUCCGUUGGUUAUUUAUUACUGUGUAUAAAUGUGACAUAAUAUGUAACUCUAAAAUUCUCAUAUUCCAUGUUUGAAGUACUUCGGGCACUUGAUUUUGUUACGAAAAACCUCGUUUGUGUAACGUAACUUGUGUUCAACGACAAUCAAAUGUCAGUGUGUAACUAAUCGUAUAUUAUAAUAAAAGCGUUAAAAAAAAAUUAAUUGUCAUUCAAGUUUCUUCUAACGACACAAUUGCUUGGAUCUAAGCGAUCCAAAUAUUACCGAUUGAGUGGUGAUACCAGCUGUCUUAUUAGAAGAACCACGCGUAUUUCUUUCGUUGUAAUACGUUCGCCCGUUUCGCAUCAUACCGCUGUUGUAAUCUUCUCGGUUUAUAAAAUAAAUCUAAAAUUGGGUACGUAUAUACGAGUAUAAACUAUAAACUAUAAUAAUUAUAGUAUUUAAUUAAAAUCGGAUGCUUCCCUAAAGAUGUGUUUUAACGUUUUACUUAGAUUAAAUUUACAGUAUAAAUGUUUCUAAAUAGCAUAAUUUAAAUUGUAUAAAUAAUACAAAUCAAAAUUAUACGCUAUACAUUUUAAAUAGUUUAAACAGUUCAUAUGUAUAAAUUGUCUUGUUCUAAUUGAAAACGUCUUCCGUAUUAUUUAAAAUAAUGAAACCGUUCGUUUUUCCCGCUUAAUCGCUUUUAUUUUGAAUACCGCUUUGAAAAUCAAAAAAUGAUUAUUUUAAAGUAUAAACUAGAGAAAAUUUCCUGAGGAUGCACCUUAUAAAACAAUUGAAUAGCCGAUUUGUUUAAUCAUAUUGAAGUUUACCAUCCGCAUAGCGUUGAAUAUUAAUAUUUGUUUGGGUGAUCAUGUUGUUAUCAAUUUAUCAAAUAAUCCAUGGUGUAAUUAAAUAUUUUACGGAUUAAUCAAUCGUAUUUUGCCCUUUAUCAUGUCAGCCAUCAUAGGUCUUAUAAGACUUUAAUACAGAUAUCUAUUUUGUUUUAUAUAUCUGUGGUCGACUCGUUAUCAAAGUUAACGGAACGAAAUCGGCGCUGCUGUACGGAAAUUCGGCGUGUCUCAUGCGUCUAUAAUAAUACGGAAAUAGCGCAUAAUAUACGUGGGUGUGGCGUCUACAAACAAAAGCUAAUGAACUAAUAUUAAUUAGCGGAGACCGGAUUUAUAUUCUCUUAUAAUCCACAAAAAGGAGCUUUAAAACCUUCAAAAUAUCCUUGAAAAAAGCACUUACAAAUAUUUUAUAAAGCAAAAAUGAUAGAGGACAUCAAAAGUAUCCUCCUCCCCCACCAAUUGGUUUAACUUAUUAAGUUAUAUUUCCCAACGCUACAAAAAUAAUUCACAUAAAAUAUUUUCUUUAAAAUAAAAUCGUACGCCCAUAAAAAAGAAUUACUUUUUAUCAAUCAUUUUUGUGCCGUUAGAAAAUGUUAUUUGUAUGUUGAAUCCGUUAAAAGAAGAGUACCUUUUAACCGAUCAAUUUUUGUGGAUUUUUAUAGCACAUAAAUCCGGUCUCUAGUGGUAAGUAUUGUUGAAAUUUAAUUACUCGUCGGUAUAGGUAUGUUCGUUUUUAGGAAAUCGGACAGCAACAUUGUUUUAUUUCGCGGUAUUCGUGCGUGUUUCCAACAUGGCUUAUAAUUAAUAUAUAUUCGGCGAUUUGUUAUAAAUAAUACAGAAGUUAAUACUUAUAAUUUUAUUGUGUUAAUAAUAAUAGGUGGUAUGUGUAUUCGUUUUGGGCGGAUAAAUGCGAGUAGUUUUUUUUUUUUUUUAUUAACGUUCAAGGUCUCGGUGUGUAGGUUUUGUUGUAAUACGCACUCCAUACCUAAGCGUAAAAAAGUUCUUCAACGCGUGAAAAAACGUUUUAAUCGAAUGCAGGCCUACUGCCUUAACAAGAUUAUAACAUGUAACAACAAUUACAACAAUAUAAUAACAUGAAUUUUUUUUUUUUUUUACACAAAUCGGAAAGACAAAAAAUCCUUUAAAAUUUAACUAUGCGAUAAUAUAAUAAUAAUAAUAAUAAUAAAAAACCCUGCCAGUAUUUUGCGUUUUGGAAUUGUACCGAUUUUGAAAACGUUUUUUUGAUAAGUGUUCGGGGGAAAAUUUCAAGUCUCUCUACGUAGAUUUUUAAGCGGAAUCGCAUAAAAAAAAAAAAAAAAUUAAAUACCGGAAAUCACUUCUGAAGUCAAUGAUCGGAAUAAGAAUUCUGAUAGAAAAGUUGUUAACAGUAAAAAAAAAAAAAAAUAAAAACAAAUAAACAAACAAACGCACACCUAGUAAACGCAAGAAAACGUUCAAAAUCUAAAAUUAUUUAGACAGUUACUCGAGGUGGCGGCGGAGUGUAUGUAUUGAUUUUUGAGUAAAUAUUUAAAUUGUAAUCGAGUUUAUAGUUUAUCUAGUUUAUCUAUACCUAAAAUGUGUUUUUUUUUUUAUUUAUUUUUCGGAGUGAAAUUGUAAUAAAAACUUAAAAGAUUGCUACCGCAGACGUACUUCCUGUGUCGUUUUUUUUUUUUUUUAAACUACGAUGUUUGUUUAGCCCAGCAUAAUAUAAUAAAUUGCAUAGUCAUAUUUUUUGUGCGUGGGCUGGCUUAUAGGUAAUUUUUAUUACUUAAAUAGUCUUCUUGGCCUUCUCCUUAAUAGUAUUGUUAUACCUACUGACGAGUAUUAUUCAAAUUCCGAAUCGAGAGAGGAUUUUCGACCGUCGUGAUGAUUUCCCAUUUUCAAAAGCAUCGUAUUUUGUUAGCUUUUAGUACGUUUCGUGUUGUAAUAUUUUUUUGAAUGCGUUUACAAAUUAAGUACAGUUCACUCGCGAAACGUCAAACUCCUAAACGAUCGGUUUUCUAAGGAGCUCAUUUGUUUAUUUAACAUUUAUUAUUUUAGCUGUCCGUCGUUAUUCUAAUCGCGUCAAAGUUAAAACUAAAUUCGAAUAAUUAUAAAGACUAUCGUUUCCCAUUGUUUUUUUUUUUUUAAUCGGGUAGUCUAAUUAAAUUUUCCAUUUCGACAAGUAGUCAUCGAGUAUAUAUAGAAAAAAAAAAAUAACAUACAAUAUUAAUUAUUUAUUUAUAGCUGUUGAGUUUCGAAUCGGGCAAAAACUCUGUAAACAAAAUAACAGCGGUUUGUCUAUAAUAUUAUCGGAAUUUUUUCGUAUCGAAUUCGUCUCACAUUAUUAAUUGUAAAUAUUGUAAAAUAUAAAAUGUGUACAUCACAUACGUAUAAAACAUUAAUAAUAACAGUGUUACGUACGCGAAUGAAUGUCACACACACGCACGCACGCAUAUCGCGUGUUGACGACAAAACGUGUUGACGGUCGAUAAAAUAAUAUUUAUUGACUUUCGCGCCGUACGUAAUGAUAUCGUAAAAAACACAACGGGGCCCCCGUGACGGCUUGGUGGUGUGAUGUGUACCCGUCGUUGUCGUGUGUAUAGGGCGAUGAUUUUUUUUUUUUGUUUCCCCCGUCGUACACGGAGAGUUUUCGAGCGUUUUACUUCGGGGUUUUUUUUUUUUUUUACGCCGUUGCAGUCGUCCGCCAGCUCGUGUGUAUCGUGUUAAUUGUUUCAUCCGGCUGAUAAUAUCAUAUCCCAUCCGAAACAGUAAUAUAAUGCCAUCCGAUAUAUGCGAUUUCGAUUUGUCGAUAUAUAAAAAAAAAAAAAAAAAACAUUAAUCGAAUGCCCUUAAUUUCGGGAUGCUUUUGAUUAUUACCGCGAAUUAAUUACUUCGCUUGUAAUUUAAUCCGGAUCUGCAGUCAUUGUCUAUUGUAGAAUCGUUGGUAGUAUUUUAACCCUUAUUAUUCGUUCACCGCAUAAACGUAUAGAUAAUAUCGACUCAUAAUUUUCAACCCUCCCUACCUUUUACAAAACAAAUUCGAAAAGAUAAUUUUUUUUUUUUUGUGAUGUGCUUUACGCCCGUUUUACUAUCGUUUGUGAGUUAUAACAGUUUGAAAUUUAUACCGGUGGUGUACGGGAGGGUUAUCGUUCGGGAAAAUUAUUGGGUUCUCCUUAAAAGGAUAUUGAUUAUUGAAGUAGGGGUAAAAAUUAUUUGAUUACAGCGUUGAAAUAACGCUUAUACACUUCCAUAAUGAGAGUGACAUAAAUCAAAUUCGUUUAAAAAUCUUCCGAGGAAAUAUUGGAAAAAAAAAAAAAAAAACCACGCUGUAAAAUUGUAUUAUUAUAUUAUGGUACCUACAUCGGUGUCCAAUUAACGUAUUACGAAUCGAUAAAAUACUAAUCUCGUCGACUCGCGAACGGUCUUCUUCCUAUUCGCGGUUCACCUGUCAAGGACAUUGGUAACGUUUUACAACACGGGGCCGGUCGGUAUUUUUAGACCUACGACCUACAGUCUGGACUGCAUUCAAAUAAGUGUAGCUGACUAGAAACGGUUUGUUAAGUAGUUUCGUGUACUCGUGUGUGCGUGUUCCCGUACAUUUUUUUUUUAUCGCGUGUAGGACGAGACGGCACAAUAAUUAUUAUUAAAUGCACCCGAUCGUAUUGUAUGUUGCUUAUCGGCGGUGUCUGUCGGUUUUCAGCUCGGUCCCGAGGCCCUUUAAAAAUAAUUGUUAUAUAGUAGUGGCAGUACAAUAAUUAUUAUAAGGUCGAAGGAACGUUGCGCAAAACCAACUAUACCGUUUUUCCCGGUCGCGUAUUUACAUACCGUGUACGAGUUCGGCCCGUCGUCGUGGUUUACCAGGUUAAUAUACACUACUCACAAAUUCUUCGGACCGGCGUACCGGGUUUGGACCAUCAGCAGGUUGGUUCACAGUUUUUCCAUUACCCCCGGUAGCUGCCCUCCGCCGAUUUUAAUGGGCAUAAUAUCGGCCACGGCUGGAUUUAGGGUCGCGGGUGCCAGGGGGCGAUGAUUCCUAUAAUAUUCGUAUAAAAGACCGUUGUGCAAAAAUACAUAAAGGUCAUCGACAAUAACACAUUGUGCGUGGCCCCUUUCAACUCGAGGCCCGGGGGUCAAACUCUCCCCUGGUCCACCCCCCUUGAGCCGGCCCUGAUAGCAGCGUAGACUUUCGGCGAUUGUUCGCACUCGUACCAAGAGUAAUUUAACCAUGUCGAUGAUAGUUGUGUACCUAAUAGUUCCCGGGGGGGGGGUUAUUUUUCUAGAGAAAUAUAAAAACACAUUUGUAGAAACCGUCAUCGAGAAGACCCGCACAGGAAUUGGACGCAACGCGCGCGUUCAGCGUGACGACGUCGUGUUUAUCCGAUAGCAACGUUUAUCAAGCGCGAUUGCGGGAUCCGAAUGAAAAAAACAAAAAAAAAAAAAAAACAUUAAAAUAUGAUGUUAGUGUGCGCGUGGUGCAGAGCGUAACGCGAAUAAACGAAUAAACGCACGGACGGCUUGCCGCCCCGCGGUCCGGUCAACCCUCUCCAGGGCGUUUACCCCUACGGUUCCGGCGGCGGUGCCGAACGCGUAACGCGACGCCCGGGCCGUCGGGGAUGGGGGGGGGCCGUUACGGAACGUACCGGCGGCGGCCCCCUAAUGAUUUCGCGGUCGAAAGCAACGACCCCGGGGGGUCCGCGGGGCAACGCGAGAACGGGGUACGGGCGAUCAUCGUUCGAAACGAUAUGUUUUGGGCGGCACGAGCGGUGCGCACUCUCUCGCGUGCUUCACAACAACGAGUGAGGUACUCGAGGUUUUUGUUUGCCGCGUUCGAAAACGUUGUACAGUGAACAAUGUGCACACACUCCUCGCGGUAGUCGCGACAAACAUCGUCGGCAUGUGUGUUGUAUGUACUUACGCGGGCGGUAAUGAUCGUGCCGUUGGUUUUGCGAUAAAAAUACGAUUUCCCUCGUUCAGAGUCUCGCGUUAUGUACGAUAAGCACGCCGGGGAGGAGGCGGGGGCGGGGGGUUCGUGUUAAUUUGGAGGGAGGGAGAGAGAGAGAGAGAGAGAGAGAACAAAAAAUAUACGGCGUCUCCGGUGUUUUUUUUUUUUUUUUCUAAAUAUUUAAAUAAUUCAUUACCCGUUUGUUUUGCGCGCACUAAUAUUAUUAUAUUGUACGUGCGUACGUGUACGCAACGACAAACUUCUUGAAAAUUGAUUUUUUUUUCCCUCCCAACAACAAGAAUAAUAAUAAUUCUGCAGACCGGUCCCCGGAACACUACACACACGUAACGACAAAAACUAUAUUUAUUCGCGUAGAACUUGAUGUGUCGGUUUUAAACGACACGUUCGACUUAUCUAGUCUUUUUUUCUUUUUUUUUUUACUCAUUAUCGGUUGUUUUUUAUAUAAUUAUUUAUGUUUCGCAGUCAACGGAUCGCACUUGGGUAUUUAUGUGAAAUUGAAUGAAAUCGUGUAUCGCGCGCGCGUGCUGCUGUUAAAAGAAAGAAUAUUAUUGUCGGGUAACUCGGAUGUACAAUUUGUUUUGUUUUUCGUUAUUAUAUUCUCAGACAUGCGCCCGCUUACCUUAUUUUUAAUUUUUAACAUAAUUUCUGGGUUAUAAAUUUCACCGAAACAAAGUUGAAACGAUAUUCAGUGUCAUUUUCGAUUUACCCGAAGUAAUGCGCAUUAAGUACUGAAAACCGAGCGAAUUGUUAUUACGAUUUUUUCGUUUUCUAAUCGCGCGUUUAUCGAAUUUCAUCUCGGCUAUUUGAUAUCAUAAAUCGUAUAUUUUUAUUUUUAUCGAAUUUACGGUCGAACCGUCGUCUGGUAUUAUACACAAUAAGCCAUUUUUUUUUUUUUUUUUUAUAUCUUAUCAAUGGUAUAAUAGUUCUUAUUGAACCUUUAUACGCUACAGUUUGAUUGGAAAAACUCUUUGAUAUUACAUUUUUUUUUCUAUCGGCAUCAAAAACGACUGCAAUAUAUAUUAUAUUGGACAUUGACGGUAACAUAUUUUACGAUUAUAGGUUACCGUGUGUUGUACACAUUCGCUAUUAUAUAUUUUAUAAUCGCAUUUGUAUUGAUUAAAUUUUAAUUAUGAUUUAAUUAAAUUAAUACGCGGACAACGAUUUAAUGAUUAUUAAUUAUAUAAUAUAACGAUAUAUGUUGGUUUUUUUUUUUUUUUAACAAUCGGAAGGGAUAAUUUCCGCGGGGUUUCGUCGUCUUAUAAAAAUAUCGAAAUUUAUAAUUCCGUAAAACCAAUCGUGUUACUAAAUUUUUCAUAUUAGGUUUUCGGGCAAAAAUCUUAUAGGCUGGGCAAAUUUUACUACGAGUUUUUUUUCUAGCCGUUAGUUCACAAAUUUUACACCAGAAAUAAUGCUACGAUCGUCAACUUCAGUGUUGGGUUUCUGGUUGUAAUUAUUCAUGUGUGCAGUUAGUGCGUCGGGAAGGUCGUUUUACGGUCAUCUUUGAUCUCUUCGAUCUUGGUCAAUAUUCAAUAAUUAUGAUUAAGUUUUACUGUGUAUUACAUAUACAGAGUGAGUUUUUUUUUUUUUAUCAUGAACCAGCAAUUGUCUCUGAGGAUUUUAAAUGAAUUUGAUUUGUUGUUUUUUUUUUUUUUUUUUUUUUUUUUUUUUUUUAUCAUCGUGGAAUUGGUUGAGCUUUAUUUUUAAAACCAUUUUUAAUUUUUACUUCUACUCCAUAUACCUUAAAUAAAUAAAUAUAAGUGAAGUCGACUACUUAUUAUUUGUGUCGUUCACUUCUAUGGACAGAUUUGCACUGCAGUAUUAUUAAAAAUAUACGGGACCUCUUAUUUUCUUCCGAGUCUAUAAAAUAUGGUUAACGGUGUAGUAUAGCCUCUGUUGUAGCACGUGAGAAUCUUAUUAAUUAUGGGUACCUAUAGUGGGUAUAUAAAAGUAACAUUUCGUUAAAACCAAAAAUAACGUGUUCAAAUUAAUAAAUAGAUUAAUAGAUAACGAGUUUCAAUAUAAAAACUAUGUUUUCGAUGAGAUCGUGUUUUGUUAUUUCACUGAAAUUUAACAUUUUUAAUACGUUCAUACAUCACCUAUUUCAUUUAGUUAAACAUACUUAAACAUAAUUAAUGAUUAAUUGCAAUAAAAGUUGUUGAGAUGUAUACAGGAACAGGAUUAGAAAUUUUAAUGACAUUUGGAGCCGUAUUUUUAUUUAUUUUUUCAUUUUUAUUAUACUAAUCACUAAGUAUUGUGGAUUAAAUAAACCUUGAACUGGGUUUGUUUCUUUAAUUUAGUUAUCUUAUAAUCCCGCCGUUUCUGUCCGAUUUUUAACUAAUUUAGGUUUAUUUAGACCCUACAAAUAAGUAUAAUAUACUUAAUAUAGGUUACUGCGAUUUUUUUUUCAAAAUUGUGUAUAUGCAAAACUAUUCAAUUGUAUAGGUACGUUUAGUAACCAGGAACUUGGCUCUCUCGCUCGUAUUAGUGGACUUUCUUAACUUUUUAUUUCAUAGUUUUAUAAUUUUUGUAAGGAAAUAUUGAAAUACUAUUUACCCAUAUUAUCUAAUGGUGUUUACGCAUUUGUAACUUGAGUUUUUAGUAUUUAGUCAACGUUAUACAUUUAUUAAUAAUUAUCUGUAAAAAAGUACACUUUUAUCCUUCGCGAGGUGUUAUGUACAUAUAUAAUAUAUUCUCAAUAAACUAUGUUAAUAUCAGCUGGCUGACGAAAUAAAAACGAAUAAAUAACGGUAUGCGUAAAUAAUAUAUAAUAAUAUGAUACGACAUUUUAACAUAACAAAAUACCGUAUCGAAAUAUUUUUAUAACGUUGCAAAAUAUUAUUAUUAUUCGUUCUGUAAUUGGCCACGGAGGAACGAUGGACUCUGAAUUUAAAAAAAAUACCCCGCAAAUGAAUGAUAAUAAAAAAAAAUUCUUCUCUCAACAACCUUCGUCUCUCUUGUUAAUACUCUCUUGCAAACACUGCAUUGUAUUAUAGUAUAUCUCGGUCCUACGAAUCUCCACCAUAUACGGUCGCCCUCGACCCCGCGUCGUCUAUUUAAUCUAUUGCAUACGAACACCCCAAUAGUUAUAGAGCAAAACGAAUACAGUUGUAUGAGUUUCGUGUUACGCAUGAUUCACUUCAUUUAUACUGUGUAAAACACUGAGAACGGAAAAAAAAAACUAUUUUGAACGGAGAAGUCGUGUUUUUCCUUUGUUGUACACGCGGAAUCUAAAAAUCCACGAACAAACGCGACAUGUCUUAGUAUAAAUAAUGUUCACUUUGUUAAUCGAUAGGUAUUCUGAAGUAUUUUGAUUAUUAGGCUAAGCGAUCGACGAGGUUAAUUCAAUUACAUACAGCGGAACCGCCGUGUGUUUUAACAUCGUAUAAUAAAGCCGAUAAAAAUGCCAUAUAAUUUUCAAAAGGUCGGGGUGUCGGGCACUUGUCUCGCUUCGCUCACCUUGCACCCCCUCCCCUUUUCAGUCCGUAUAUUACGUUUAUGCGCCACUAAAUUAUAAUCCGAUGGCCGCGAUCAUCGAAAUCGGAUCAAUCAUUCGUCGAAUCCGGAACACCGCGCCAAUUAUUUCAAUUUUAAAACGUGUCCAUUUAACAAUGCCGUAUGUCGCAUUCGGCAACAUUGAUAUAUCGUGCGUUGGUAGUUUUUUUAAGAUUUCGUAGAAAUAAAAAAAAAACAUUCAGAGGUCAUAAAAAGAGGUCUUUUUUUUUUUCGGGACAUUAGAUUUUCAAAUUCCACGAGCAUUAAUUAAAACGGUUUAGAACAAUAAUAAUGUAUAUAUUUUUUUUUAAGAAACAACUGAUACAAUUUCGCGGUUUUCACCUGAUACAGUAUUAGCGGAAUGCCAUUCUAUGACGGCCGAAAUUUUGACUAUAAACGGACUGCAAAGUCAAGUGGAUGCGCUGCCAGUAUUUCAGAUAAUAUACGUUUGGAAAAAAAAAAAAGCCACUUUUUUUAUAUCCACAGGGUAUCCCCGGUGUUUUGGGCUAUUGUGUGCGGGUAUAAUUAUAGUUUCGGAGAACAUAUUUUAUUUUCGACCUCUGUUAUUUAAAAAUAAAACUCUUUUUUUUUUUUUGAACUAAAAAUCGGAGGCACGUAUUCGUUCAUAAUCAACGAACAGGUUAGGCUGGCCAACACCGCCGUGUUUCGCCCAUUAUUCAGCUAUUCUUAGUUUUCGUAACUUUUUUUUUUUCUAAUAAUCAUAUUUUCGACACAUAGUAAACUGGUUUUCUUUUUUUUCUUACGUAACAAAAUUAUGGACAAUUCCAGUAUAUUUUUAUUUCUUUUUAUGCAACAUGACGAAAUUUAUAAUAGUGUAUAGCGUAGAUCGCGCUUUUAACGUUCUUUUUUUUCUUCUCAUUAACGAAAUAUUUAAUUAUUAAUUAGGUAUAAUUUUAUAGUGUACUUGAUACUCUACGUGUUCGUUUCAACAUAAACGAAUGAUUAUUUUUUUAAAUUUUAUAACUGCGAUUUCGAAAGUGUCCCGCCCCCUCUCCCUACCGCCUAAAAUUUUUCCCACUUUGGCUACAGUCUUGUACGACACACAGUUUAUCAUUUUAAACGCGUCGCACGCUCAUUAUUUCGAUAUUAAAUAUCGAAUCACGCCUAUGUUACGCACAUUUUAUGUAACAUAGCCGUAUUUCACCUUUCUAUUAUAUUAAAAUAUUAUUUCAUAUAUAAAUAGACUAGAUGCGCGUGCGGAUCGGAUGAGACGUUCCAAGUCCGAAACUGAACGAUUUGGGCCGAAUCACAAAAACGCGUUUUCCUAACAAUCGUGUAGCGUUCAGUAAUUACUGGCCGGUCCAAAUAAUAUUAUUAUUAUUGCUAUUAUAUUAUGAUCUCGGAUUUGGAUUUCGAUCCGGUUAUGAGUUUGGCCAAAAAUCCACGAGUUCGGCGAGUACAAAUCCGGUGUACUGUGUGUAAAUCUAUUGCGAAAAAUACGAUUGGGCGACUUUUAUUGUAGACUCGUAAAAAAAAUAAAAAAAAAUAAAUUUCUCGGUUCGCCGGUUCAAACCGGUAGGUAACGGAAUUGUGGCACGUAAUACCGAAACUAAACGUCCGGCCGUGUACGAUGUGUUGCAUUUACAAAGCGAUUUUACGAUACAAUGAACUCUGUUGAACUAACACUCGAAACGGUAAACCGGUAUUGUGAAAACCCCGAAACGUUCCAUGUUGACGGUUUAUUAAAACUUUUCGCACUGUCACACAACCGUUGUUAUUAGUGUAAAACAAUAAGCACCGCUAUCUAACCGCUAAAAUUUUUACAAUAUACAAUUUAUACUAUUCUUGAACAGUUCGAGACUGUUCUCAAUAUUGAUGGCAUAGUUUUAUUAAAUUUGCACACUGAAAUAUUCGGCCGUAUUUGGAAUGACAUCACUGUCGUAGUAAUUAUGGAUUUGACUGAAAAUCCAGCAUCACUCAUGUGAUCGAAUAAAUAUUGUAUUUACGAAAAAUGUACAAGAGCUAUUUCUGGAAUCCUGAUAACGAUUUGUCCUAAUAAUAUUAUUGAGACAUAAUUGGACAUUAAUUUGGUCCGAAUACGAUAACACCAUUAUAAACGGUACUUUAACAGCAGUUAUUCCUUUUUUAUAACUUCUGAAUGCAUAACUGCUAUUAGCAGUCACUGCCCUUCUAUAGCAAUCACUGUCCGUCAACGUGUUAAAAAAAAAUAAAUGCAAUUUUCAAUUUUUCAAUGUAUGAUAAAUUUAUUAUAAUUGUGUACUUUGUUGUGAUAGGAAAAUAAUAGGCAAUAACAAUAAUAAUCAAUGAAAAAAAAAAACUAUUAGAUAAUAUAAAUAUUAAUCUUAAUCAGUGUGGGGAUUGACAAAUAAACAAAAUUGCAUAUUAUAUAUAUUAUAAUAUAUAACCUCUAAUUGAGGACUAAACAUGAAUUUAUGCUUAAUCUAUUUGUUAAUAAUUUCACAGAUAUCUUAAUAGAAUCUCAUUCGUUCUUAAGAUGGGAGUACAAAUGAGAACUAAGACCGAAGAGACAGUCGAAGAACCUCUGAUUGAAAAUAACAACAAAGAAAGCUUACAAGAACCUGUGAAGCCAGAACCUCUACCAAAACGUCAAAUUAUAUGGUCCACAGCUAUAUAUCUGACCACUUGGCACGUGUUGGCUGUCAUUUGUACGGUACUUUACUGGAAGAAUGUAAAAUUGGUGACCAUUUUAUGGAGUGAGUACAGCAUAUUAUAAUAUUCUUUAAAUUUAUAUUAUUGAUGAUUUAUUAGAUAAGUAGUUCUUUUCAGAUUCAAUUUGUAUUGUAAUUUUCUUAAUUUAUUCUUUUGUUUUUUUUUUUUUUUGUUUUUUUACCCUCAGGUUUGCUCGUCGGAUUUACUGGACAAUUUGGUGUGACAGCUGGUGUGCACAGAUAUUACACACACAGAUCUUAUAAAGCAAAAACCCCCAUGCAAGUUAUACUUCUAGCUUGCUAUUCAGUUGCUGGUCAGGUAUGAAAAUCAAUAAUUGAUAUUUUCUUAAACAUAAUUAUAUAAUUGUAGCAUUAUUUACUAUUAUAAUUAUUCUUUUGAUUUAUAGUACAGAGUAACAGAUUGGGUUCAUGACCACAGGUUGCAUCACAAAUUCAGUGACACUGAUGGAGAUCCUCACAACGCUAACCGAGGUUUGUUCUUCUCGCACAUUGGAUGGUUGAUGCAACGUGGACAUCCAGAAGUAUUCCGUCGUAGUAAGACCAUUGAUAUGUCCGACAUUGACAAAGAUCCCUUAGUCCAAUUCCAUACCAAGUAUAAUUUACUCUUAAUCAUUUUUUAUAAUAAUUUGUUCAGUUAUUAAAAAUCAAAAAAAACAUUUUACAGAUAUUAUUGGUUUUUCAAAAUCGGUCUUUGUUUUGUGUUGCCCGUUCUUGUACCUGUAUACUUCUGGAAUGAAAGCUGGAUGGAAGCUAUUGGAAUCAGUGGUGUAUUGCGAUUUGUCAUUUUCACUAACAUGACAUUCUCUAUCAACAGUUUGGCUCACUUUUGGGGAACAAAACCAUACGACCAGUAAUUAUUAAUUUCUUUGGCACAAAAUGAUUGUAUUUUUUACACAAUUUUUUUGUUUUUUUGAUAGGCGCAUAAGACCUGUUCAAAACAUGGCUUUGGCUAUACUAACUACUGGCGAAGGUUGGCACAAUUAUCAUCAUGCAUUCCCAUGGGACUACAGAGCAGAGGAAUAUGGUGGAAACAUGACCAACCCAACAACCUAUUUAUUAGACCAGUUUGCUAAAAUUGGGUGGGUGUAUGACCGCAAGACACCAUCAGUAGACCUCGUCAGACAAGUGGCCAACAAACAUGGUGAUGGUAGUUGGCAAGAAGUUGCGGAACCAACUAAAAGCGAUUAGAUUAUUAUCAUUACUAAUACAUUUUUUCUAAAUAUUAUAAGACUUCAUAAACUUUUAAAUGCCUUCAUAGAAUGUUAUUUAAUAUCUAAUAAUAAUUUUGAAGAAUAGAAUAUUUUCAUCUAUGUUCACCCAUGAAAUGAUAAUGAUAUAAUAAUUGCAAUUGGCAUACAACAUUUCAAUAGUUUUGUUUUAAUUCAAAUUAUGGUGUAAUAAUUUGAUAGAAUUUUGUUAUUUUGUGUACUAGCAAAACACGAUUGGGUAAUAAAUCCCACAUAUUAUACAAAAUCCACACACACAUAUAUAUUAAAGUUCUUCUGGUCUGUAUGUCUGUUAGGUAUUUAUUAUAAUAUUAUUAUAUAAAGUAACUGAUAAUUUAUCAUUAUGAUUGUAUAUUUCCAAAAGUUUGUUCGAAUAUUUGAAUAAAUAUUAUGGUGGUUAAUGAAACUAUAUAGCACAUAAUGUGUUUAUAAUGCUCAAAUGUAGUGCCCAAUCGUGUUGCAUUGGCUAAAAUGUUUAGUUAGUAUAAUAAUAAUUAUUAAUUUUAAAAGUUUGGUUAAUUUGCUGUGCACCCGUCCAACACAUUAUAAUAUGUGAAUGGAUUCAAAAUGAGCUUAUGGCAUUGUAAGUUGUGCCACAAUGAAUUCAGUGUGUUGUGUAUGUGUAUGCGUGAAUUUUGUGAACGUAUUUAUUUCUAUGUUCGAUCAACAGAUAGUGACUUGUUGAAAUGAUUAUUACACUGGUUUUUAAUAUUUAUUUCAAAAGUCUGAACAGAAAAUGUUUUUUCUAGUCAUUCAAAAAUAAAUCCAGAAGUCCUGAAAAUGGAUCAUGUUUACUGACAAAUAUGUCUGCGUGAAUGACGAGGCAAGACUAUAUAUUUUAGUUUGAUUUUAUGUCUAAAUCUGAAAUAAUUAUUCCAUGCAUUUUUAUAGCUAAUUAUAAAUUGUGUAUAAAAAUGCGUUCACUUAACACACAGACACCAAUAUACAUAUAAUAUACACAUAGUGUUAGGCUCUAAAUAUAAUAUGAUAUGUAGGUGUAGGACAUUUUGUUUGUGAUUUUCUAUUGUUUUUUUCAUUUAAUAUAAUUAUUAAUAAUAAUUAUAAAUAUUAUUAAUGAUUAGAAUGUAAAAAAACAAAGAACUGAAAUAAACAACAUAUUAUAAUUAUUUAUAUUAUUAUUAUUAUUUAAACAUAAUAUACAUAGAAAAUAAGGGGAAAAAAAUCAUAGAAUUGUUUUUUAACAAAUAUAUUAUUAUUAAUAAACAAUAAAUAAUUAUUGCUAGUGUAAAGUAUAAUAUUCAUGUUGUAGCGACUAUUAGGAUGUUUAGUUUUAUAAUAUAUACAAUUAAUGGAUUGGCAUGAUCUAAUAUUCAUAAUUUAGAAUUAACGUGUUUAAAAUCUUAGACAACUAAAACAAAUAUAUGUUUCAUAAAAAUGAUUUUAAAUAGACACUGGGUAAUAACAUGAACUUAGUACAACAUUUUUAAAUGAUAUGGAAAUUAUAGAUGUCAGUAAACUUUGUUUAUGGAGUUUAGAUCUUGUUAAACUGACCAAAUAAUAUUUAUUAUUAGCUGCUUUCAUGUCCGAAAAUAAUAAAACUAAUUAAUAUAUUUUUCUCUUAAGUAUACUAUAAAAUACAUUUUAUUAAAUGUUCGAGUAUAAUAUCCAUUUGUGAAUUGUCGUUUGAGUUCACUCACAAUUAUCUUCAAAAAACAAAUUAAUUUACAACUUAUGUAGCAAAUAUUAUGUAAUAAUAUUUGUUACAUACUUUUAAAUCAAUCGUUAGUACUAUCACAAAUAGUAGGUAUAUAUUUAAAGUAAUAUACUUAUAGUUAAUAACAUUACUGUUAUUGUAUUUUGUUUUGUUUUUUUUUAUAUCUAUAAAUCCCUUAUCUUAUAACUUGUAGUACAACAAAUUAUUUUACAUCAUUACAAAUUUUUUACUGUAAAUUUAUAUUAGAAGAAAAAAUAUUGAUUUAUUAUAUACUUUUAUAAUUAAUUAUUAUUAUAUUGUAUAUUAAAUAUUUCAAUGAUUUAAAUGCAUAUUUUAUUGGUGCGCGGUUAAAUAUUAGUAGAGUAGUUUAAAUACAUAUUUUGAUACAAUUAAAAAUAAAUUAGUAUCUUAGAAUUGUUUGAUUUAAUGCUUUAAAUAAAUGCAUUUGACCGCGCACUCGAGUGUUGUUUUUCAUGUGUGCAUUUUUGUCUCCAUUUUUAUCGUGCCAAUUUUCUCCUAUACAUUUCUCUGCCCUAUUAAGUAACAUACACAUUACACAUUCUUAGUUUGUUUACUAGAUCUGUUAUUAAUACAUUUAUAAUAUAUUAACAUAAUACAAUGUGUAAUUAUUAUAACUUGUAUGGUUAUGUAGGAAUCAAUAUAGUAUUGUUUUAAAAUUGACGAUUUUGUGUUGAUUUUGAUCUAACAACUCAUUUUAAAAUAACUGUUAUUCAAUAAGUACAAAAAUAUGAGCAUAAAUACUUCUAAAAGGAAUUUUGUUUUAAGCAGUCCAAUAUUAAAGGAGUUACAUAUAGGCAAUUUGUUGUUCUGGUUUGGUGUUUUUCAAGUUGUCUCGUUAAAUUAGAAUUAAUUAUGUCAGUUUAUGAGGACUUAUGAGCUCUGAUGUAGUUGACAUAACUGGUAUUCAUUCGUCUAUGAAUUCAAUUUUGAUUAAAUUAAAAAGUUGGAUAUUUCGGCUAACUCAUUCAAUGACAUUCUGUUCUAAUAAAAUUGAAGACUUCAAUAUAAUAAGUUAAUUUGGUGUCUAAAGUUAAUAAAAAUAAUAGGAAAUUAAUUGAAAUUAAAAAUAAAUUUAUAAAGAUGUAAGAAG